AUGUUGAGCCACCUCAGAGCCCGCAGCAGGAGUCUGUUCCACAGCUACAAGCCCGGCAGCCGGACCCAAGCUGUCACAGAACCAGCCGACUACGUGGACCUCACCAAGAUCUUUAUCAAGCCAUGGAGCUCCAUGCAGGAUCUGUGCAGAGACAUCUACGACCUGUAUGCUGAGUAUGAAGAUGAGGAGGAGGAGGAGGAUCGACUCACGGCGUCUACGUCCCAGCUGCUGCUCUCUCCAACCAAACACCUCACUCUCAACAUCAACGUCGGAGGAACGGUGUACCGCUUGCCCUACACGUUAGCUGCCAGGUAUCCAAAGACAAGGAUCGGCCGGUUGGCCACGUGCUCAGACCACAGCAGGAGGUUGGAUCUGUGUGACGACUAUGUUGUCCACAGCAACGAGUUCUUCUUUGACCGGGACCCUGAAGUCUUCCACAACAUCUUCCACUUCUACAGAACCGGAGUGCUGUGCAUUAAACACGAGCUGUGUCCCCGCAACUUCCUGGAGGAGAUAAAGUACUGGGGUGUCAGGAUCAAACACAGCCAACGCUGCUGCCGCAUCUCCUUCGAGGAGCGGCAGGACGAGCUGACCGAGCAACUGAAAAUCCAGAAACAGCUGAUAGCAGAGGUGGAGAUGGAGGAGAACGAGGAGCUGUUUGACGACAUGGCCCUGGGGCCGGCCCGGAGGAAGAUCUGGAACCUGGUGGAGAAGCCGUUCUCAUCGGUCCCUGCAAAGCUGAUGGGGAUCGCCUCCUCCAUGUUUGUGCUGAUCUCGCUGGUCGCCAUGACGCUCAACACUGUGGAGGAGAUGCAGUACCUGACGCCGUCGGGCCAGCUCAGCGGCAGAUCCUACGGCGAGCACGUGGAGUCAAUCUGCAUCACCUUCUUCACCCUGGAGUACCUGCUGCGCCUGAUGUCCACCCCCGACCUCAAGCGGUUUGGAAGCAGCGUGCUGAACACCGUCGACCUGGUGGCCAUCCUGCCGCACUACCUGCAGACGCUCCUGGAGUACUUCUCGGCCGAGGACGUGCAGCUGCACUCGGGGGACAUCGAGACGGUGGGACGCGUGGGAAAGCUGGGUCAGGUUCUGAGGAUCAUGCGUCUGAUGAGAAUCUUCAGGAUCUUGAAGCUGGCCCGUCACUCGACAGGCCUCAGAGCCUUCGGCUUCACACUGAGGCAGUGUUACCAGCAGGUGGGCUGUCUGCUGCUCUUCAUCGGUAUGGGCAUCUUCAUGUUUUCAGCCAUGGUGUACACUGUGGAGCACGACGUGUACAACACCAACUUCACCUCCAUGCCGAACGCGUGGUGGUGGGCCGCCGUGAGCAUAUCGACGGUGGGCUACGGCGACAUGUUACCCGAGACCAACCUGGGCCGGAUCUUCGCCUUCGCCUGCAUCUCCUUCGGCGUCAUCCUCAACGGCAUGCCCAUCUCCAUCCUCUACAACAAGUUCUCCGACUACUACACCAAGCUCAAGGCCCACGAGUACACUGCCGUCACCAGGGCCCGUGGGAAGGUGCAAUUUGCCAGGAGGGCAGCAAAGAAGUUGGCUGAGUGCUGCGAGGACGCCAUUCAGCCCAGGAUGGACCGCCUGCAGUGAGCAAAGUCGUCGUUUUCUUCCUUCUACAGUAAGCUUAGUUUGGAGUGGCAAUCAAGGACAGCAGACUGCCAGUUUAUGGAGGGUCUGAACUGGAAAUGAACCAGUGACAUUCAGGCCAGUAUACCAUUAAGACCCCACGACUGUGGGACUCAUGGCAGACACCAUCAGCACUGACCUCUACUCUUCCUCCAUCCAUUAGCCUGGAAAGCUCACAAGUAAUCCAGGAUUCAGGAGCGAACGACAACAGGACAGAAAUAAUCAGAAGGAUGGAGAGCCGACAUCUGGGCGAUGGAUAUCAGACUGUUUAUCUGCCACACGUCUCUGUCUCUAAUAAUAAACCUAUGUCUCUUUA